CGCAUCCACCUUUCCCGCACGGCGGCUCCGCCUGCGGCCGCGCUGCCGCCGGCCCAGUCAUCUCUGCGCGUCCGGCCCCGGCGUCGUCGCCUCUCCCCCGGGGCAGGUCCCGUCCUAUCGGUCCACCGCACUCCGCAUCCUCUCGCUCCAGGCGCUGCUGUGUCUCGCCGCGCUCAGGCGUCGGCACUUCCACGGCUGCUCUCCGGCGCCGACGAGGGAACGCCCCCUGUUUCGCUAUCGGCGAGCGGGAGGCGCUGUUAGUAGAGUCGUGGAAGUGCCGGAUCAGGGGUCGGGCGCGGUUCGCCAGAUCGAUCUCCCCGACUAGCUUGUUGUAUAUGUGCUACAAUGGCGACUCUGUGGCGAAGAGCCGGGAGCUACAUCUGCUCGGAGCUGUGUGGCACGACUCUGAACCAGAGGCGCUACUCCACUUCGAGGGUGGAUUGGAAGCAGCUGCGGCCAAUGAUUCUUAAGAGGAUUAAGAACCGGACAAAGGAAUACCCAAUCAAGCGGAUGAUCCCGGUCGCAGAGGAGGUGGUCAGGGCAAGGGAGGUUGUCUAUGAGGGUGUCUCCAGACUGCUCAAAGUUGUUCCUGUUCAGUCAUGCAAGUUUUGUCCUGAAGUUCAUAUUGGAGCCACAGGUCAUCAAAUGAAAACAUGCUAUGGUUUCAAGCGUAUGAUCAAGGACCGACCACAUGAAUGGGAUCCGAGCAACUUGAAUGACAUCCUUGUCCCUGUUCAGGCUUUCCACCAGAAAAACAUGUUUGAGACUGAGAUAAAGCAUAACCAGCGGUUCGACUUCACUCGUGUCCCAGCUGUACUUGAGCUUUGCCAUCAUGCAGGUGCAAACAUACCUGAUGAGAUUCUAUACAAAAGUGAACAAAUACCUACCACACUCAAAACCAACAAUCAGCAAUCUUCUCCAAUCUUGCCAGAUGAACUCAGAUAUAUUGGUCAGAGAACACUAGAUGCAUGGGAAAGCCUGAGAUUAGGUGUCACAAAACUCCUCUUGGUGUACCCAUCCAAAGUUUGUAAGCAUUGCUCUGAAGUGCAUAUUGGGCAAUCAGGGCACAAGGCCAGAAUGUGUGGAGUAUUCAAGUUUGAGGGCUGGAAAGGGAUGCACAGGUGGGACAAGGCCGGAGUGGAUGACCUAGUUCAUCAGAAGAUUGUGUGGCAUCGGCGGCCUCAUGAUCCACCGGUCCUUGUGGAUGGCGGGAGGGAUUAUUAUGGCCAUGCGCCUGCUGUCAUUGAGCUUUGCAUGCAAGUCGGCGCGAUAGUACCCCCGAAAUACCAUUGCAUGAUGAAGACACACGGCUUAGCACCACCUGUUCGAUGAGACCAUUAUUUGUCAUAAAGUUGAUUGCCUGGUUAGAUACAGGAACUCUAUAGAUCAGAGACCAAAAUAAUUUUAUUUGCGAAUGAAAUUUCUAAAGUGCAAAAGAUUGUUCUGGAAGAAGCCAUCAGUUAACUGUAAUGACUAGCUGAGGAUAAUGAGAUACACUAUUUUGAAGAUUAUUAGCGUUAUCAGAAACCAGAAGGUGAGACUGAAAAAGAAGGUUUCAGAAGGUCAGUACCAGACACAACUAUUACUUUGAAGGCCCUCAGACAAUAGGGAAAGUUUUGCAUUGCAAAAUAUUAGAACAGAUUACUUCAUUGCCCUCCAUUUGUUCAGACUUGUUUCAGUAGCAAUGCUGCCAUUUCUUUUGCGUGUUCUUCAUUUUGCCAAGAGGAUUACCUUUGAUAGGAGUGUCACCUGAGUGUUGUACCUUAGUUUUUUUCCACCUCAUUGGAUUUUAACCUUACUGGCGAUUUUUUUUAUGUGCAAACCAUGUAAACAUAGAGAUUGACAUAGUCAUCAGUCGAAAAAAGAGAGAAAGAUUGACUUCUGUAUUGUAUGUACUCCGUACUAAGUACUAUACCCUGCUGUAACUUUGUAAACAGGUUUUGACUUGUGUUCGUUUUUGCUGGAUACUGAUGAAGUGAUGAUUGAGUCACAUUGGCUGA